AUGGAGAUGAACAAAACCGUUGAUGACCCACAGGGGUCCACAGAGGCCCUCAGCGAAACCUUGCCUCAGGAGACCCUGCCUACAGGGACCCAGGUCGAGCCCACAGAGGCACAACAUGUGUCCAUAGAGGCACAUUCCAUGCCCAAGGAGGCUCAGCACGUGCCCACAGAGGCACACCACGCACCUACAGAAGAGGGACGACACGUGCCCACAGAGGCCCAGCACAUGUCCACAGGGGCACCUCACCUGUUCCAAGAGCUUAAAACCGAGUCCCUAGGGACACAGAACAUGCCCCCGAAAAUCAAUACAGAGGCACCCGGACUUAUGCAAACAGAAGCAGCCUGUGAACAUGUAGAGAACGAUUCCAAACCCAAGACCUGUGAUUUGGAGAUACCGGGUCCCUCGUUUACAUCGACCAUACGGAGAGAAUCACUGGCUAAUAAAUGUUCGAUGAUAUCAAUGAUGUUGCAACAUGAUAACGACGACAGUGAUGACGACGAGGAAGAACUGGACCAGGCGGCCCUGUCUAGACUUUGUGCAGUAUCGGGUGAAAUAAUUUUAAGAGAAGAGGCACGAGCAUUGUCAGAGCUGACAAUCAGAACAGUUCUGGCUGAGGAGAGAAUAAUCCUAGAGGCAAGAAGGAUGUCCAAGAUGGCGAUACAGUCUGCCUACUCAGCGGCCGUGGUUACUACACUAAGGUCCUCAAAGAAGCCAAACAUCUUCAGGCGACUUCUAGCUUGCUGUUUUGGGUGCUGCAGGAGGAGAAAUUUAUAA